CUUCCUUCUUCGCAGUGUCGACCUUGUUAGUGAACAUGGACACCGCUAGCCAUCACUUAUAUUACACGGGAUAAUGAGCGAGCAAAACGUCAGUAACAUAGGAACGCUUUUAAUUGAAUUCAAUAUAGAUAUGGCUAGGUCAGACAGCAGAUGAAAGGAUAUCAAGAGCGAAAAAGAGUGCACAACAUGUCGUCACACAUCAAUCAAACAGCGGUUCACGCCCACCCCUGCACUGAUUGGAAGGAGGAAAGACUAGCAUGAAUCGUAGUGUGGUAGGAUAAAAAGGUCCUCGCAGUCGAGAUAGACAUCGGGGGAAGGACCGUGGUGCGAUAAUAGACCGGUUGCGAUGUCGUUGAGAGGCUUAGACACUAGGUCACAUUACGGUGCAGAUGCAGCAGUCGCACUCCUCAUCACCACAGUCACAUCCAAAACAAGGCUUGGAUACCGUCUUGAUGGGUUUCCUGAUCGAUGAGCCCGAGCUGGAGGAGGGGAGGGUGAAGUUGACGGGAGAGAAGGAACCGACGCUCAUUGUGAAAGAUUUUGAGAGGAUGACUGGAAAGUAGGGGUAUUAAGGUAUUGAUUUGAGCUCU